AUGGUUCAAAUCGCCCUCGGCCGCGGGGCGAAGCACACCCAGGCGGAAGCUGCCCAGGCGGAAGCUCCUGAAUUCGAGCCUGUCAUAUGGUGGAAGGAUCGUGGGCUCCGAAGGCUGUACUUCUGGUGCAGUAUUCUGAUGUGGAUGUCAGCGUCGACGGGCUUUGACGCGAAGCUCAUGAAUACAUCUCAGGUCAUGGAUCAGUGGCAAGUCCAUUUUGACCGACCUACUGGCGGUAGACUGGGCAUAAUAGUAGCCAUUCUUGACAUAGGAUCUCUGUGCAGCUUUUGGAUGGUGCCCUUCUUCGCGGAUAAUUACGGGCGGAAGACGCCUAUCAUUAUUGGCUGUGUCGUCGAGGCGAUUGGCGCCUUCAUCGGCGCCUUCUCUAAUGGCUACGGGAUGUACAUGGCCGGUCGGUUCAUCCUUGGCUUCGGAAGCUCCUUCAACGGCGGAAUGGCUGGGCUGCUCAUCACUGAGGUAGCCCACCCUCAACACCGGGCCAAGGCCUCCGCUAUCGUUAAUUGCAUGUACGGUGUCGGGUCGACGUCGUGCUCCUGGUUGGCGCUGGCAACCAUCCACAUCGCGGGCGAUUGGUCCUGGCGCUCGCUCACCCUUCUACAAGCCUUUCCCGCGGUGCUCGUGCUCGCCUUCAUCUACUGGAUACCAGAAUCGCCGCGCUGGCUGGUGGCCAAGGAGAGAUACGAGCAGGCCGAGGAGAUGCUGGCGCGGUACCAUGGCAACGGUGACAAGGCAAACGAGACGGUCGCAUUCGAAUUCCAGGAGAUGAAGCAGACGCUAGCGCUCGAAUUCCAAAGUAAGAGGUCGAGCAGCUUUCUAGACUUUGCGAGAACCGCGGGCAACAGGUAUCGCGUUCUCUUGCUCGUCUCUCUGGCGAUGGUUUCGCAGUACAGCGGGAGUAAUCUGUUCUCAAACUACGCCAACAAGAUAUAUGAGGGUGCUGGUAUUCACGAGCAGACGAACAAGAUCCUUCUUAGCGGGGGACAGACCAUCCUGUCUCUGAUCGUUUCGGUCACCUUCUCCCUUUUUAUAGACCGGUUUGGCCGGCGUCCCCUUUUCCUCGCUUCGACCGCGGGUAUUGUACUCGCGUAUAUGGGCUGGACCAUCGUCAGUUCCCAAUACGAGCAAACUAAGGAUCUGGCUAGAUUUGGCUAUCCACAGAUCGCUUUUAUCUGGCUGUUCACCGUCGCCUACCAGAUUGCGUGGACGGGCGUGAUGGCGGCUUAUGCCCUAGAGAUCAUGCCGUACAGCCUCCGAGCAAAGGCCGGUGUGAUCCAGACGAUCUUUGUUAAGGGACUCAUCGUUCUUGGAAGUUACACAAACCCAAUCGCUUGGGAUAACUUCACUGCGGCUGGACACGCCUGGACGCUCGCAAUGUUCUAUACCAUACUGGACUUCUGCUAUCUCCUCUUCGUGUACUUCUUCUACCCUGAGACUAAGGGUCUGACGCUGGAGGAAGUAGCCAAGGUGUUCGAUGGCGAUGAUGCAAAGGUCGCUAGGAUGAACGUCGGAGAUGUUAAGAGGGAGCUUGAGGUAGAGAAGGACGCAAACGUCGUCACCGUCAAGACUUUGUGA